AUGGAAAACGACAUUAACAAACCAUAUAAAAUUUGCGAUGUUAAUCGCGAAAAGAAGAAAGGAAUUGUCGCGAUGUCGCUUGAAGACUUACUCAUAAAAGUGCCGGAAAAGCUGGGAAUGCCUUCUGAAAAUUUAACUGUUGUAUUGGAAUCAGAUGGUACAGAAGUUGAUGAUGAAGAAUACUUCUCUACGUUAGACCCAGACACGUCCCUCAUGAUUUUGCACGGAAAUGAAAAGUGGGUCCCGAACAUGCCUAAGUGUCAGGUAUCGUUAGAUCAGACCGAUGAUAUAGCUUUGGGUGAUAAAGAACAAGUGGCGAGUCUUGUUGGUCGACUGCAGCAUAACCUAUGUCACAUCUCGUUGCUUGGAGGCCAAGACCUAGAAUUGUUAUCUGAUAUGGAUCCUGACAGCUUGGCUGACAUUGUUACUGAUCGAGAUAAUAGAAUAAUUUUGGAACAUAUUAAAGAAGCAUCUGGAAGAAUUCUUCUGGAAAAACGUCAAGCCCAAGAUGCUAUGGAAUUGCUAAAAUUAUACCAUCAGAGUGUCUCCAAUGGUCCAGAAGACGUGUCUUCCCCAAAGCAGGAGAGGGUUUAAAUCAACCCAGUUGAACAUCUGGUCUGCACACAGGCAAGACGGAACUUAUUAAUCUAAAGUUUGAUAAAGGUAUUUGUACACAGUAUAAUAUUAUUCCAGCAUUAAAGCUAUUGGGAUAUUAAUGUACAAUUAUUAUUAAUAUCAAACAAUGUUUAUAUUACGAUACAUAAAUAAAAAUUGUAGUAUUAAAACGCUAAUCUUAUGAAUAUGAGCUAAUAAUAUUAAUAUGUGGAUAAUGGUUUGAUAUGAUAGUGAUGAUAAUCUUAAGUAGGCAGGCAUGUGUACAUAGAUAUGCAUGAGACUUAAAUGAUUUCUUGCUCUCUGUCUUUACUUUCUCAUUCACUACUAUAAAAUUCAAUUCGGUAGUGACCUUUGCAUACUUUUAACCAAAUGGGUAUGAUUUGGUAUUUUAACCAUAAGUUGUAUAGUUUUUAAAGAGAUCCAUAUUUGGAUAAACAUUUGGUAAUAUAGUUUGUUUUGAAAAGAGAUUAUAGUGUUAAGAAUUUAAGGCCUUCUGCAUCAUUAUGUCACAAUGUUUUAUUUUGUAAACUUUUGAGAGACGAUUUGCCACAAGGUUGAUAAUCAACAUCAAUUUAAAAGACUGAUAGUUGGUAAUUUUUUUUUUAUAUAGUUUUACCCUUAGAUUAAGAUGCAUUAUUUUAUUCCAAAUUUGCUCAAAAUUUACAAUUAUUGAAUAAAUUCCUCUGCAAUUCUGUUCUAUCCACUGCUAUACCAUUUUGUAAUCUUAGUGGUUACUUAUUAUUCAGAUUCCCAAGUUUCACUUUGCCCUUCAUAUAAAAUAUCAAUAGGAAAAACAAUAUACGAUUUUGUUAAAAUUAAGUAAUUCUGUUUUAUUAAAAAAAUGUAAGAGUCAAACAGUUUCAUUAUAAACAUGCACCAUACAUAUUUCUGAACAAA